AUGUCGUUGUUUUCAAAUUUUGAUUUGUUGAUUAAGGACUCAGGUCCUCUCCGCCUCCCCACCGCGACCCACUCCUCUUCUAUCACCGACAUUUGGCUCGUCGGCGAACUCACCAAUGCUGCUGGAAACUCCGGCGACUUCCAUACUCUCCGCGACGCCCUCAACAAGCGCAUCCAAGACAAUUGUUUCAACACGAAGUCCACCUUCGACUUCGUCACCAACAAAACCUUCUCCUCUUCCCUCCUCAACUACCUCCUUCAAACUCUAUCCACCCUCAACCACGGCGUCACUCGCAAGAACGCGUUCGAUUCCCUCAUCACGCGCCUCUGCAAGUUCCAGCCCGUCGAUGACGCGCUCCACGUCAUCGAAUAUAUGGUACGUACCGACGCCGGAGGCUGCCGCCCCAAUGCGACCACCUUCUACCCCGUCCUGAAUAUCCUAACGCGCCAGAAAGUCAUAGACCACGCGCGACGCAUGGUGGAUUUCAUGUCCACGCUUGGCGUGAAUCUAGAUCUGACGGGACACAACUACUUUUUCGUACACUGCUACGCUAGAGACGUGGCUGCUGCUGCUGUAGUUUUGAAGAAGAUGGAGGAAGAUGGGAUUGGUGCGGAUGCGCGUACGUUCGACGCGCUUGUGUUGGGCCCGUGUAAGGUUAAGAAGGUGGAUGGUGCUAUGAUGCUAGUGAGAAGGAUGGUGGAUGAUGGAGUUCCUAUUAGGUGUUGGGAUAUUAGGUGCCGUUUUGAUUAUUAA